AUGGAAAGAAAUGAGGGCAUUUGUAUUGCUGCUAAACGGCCUAGAGGAACACAAUGCUUUAGCAGCUCAGAUUGUAAUUUUCACGCUUUUUGCGACAAUGGCUUUUGUAUUUGCUUGGCGGCAUAUUAUCCAAUUGGUGGUAACUGUCUUCCACCAGCGCUAGCUGUAGGAGAGGAUCCAAGAGCUUAUAUAGAUCCUGACUUGUUGGCUUUAAUUCUAAAACAAGUAAAUGAUGAACAAAUGGAACGACAAAAUAUUGAAGGAAAAAACACGGAUGAUGUUGAAUUAUCAGAAAAAUGGAAAAGAGAAGUGCCUAAAUCGUUUGAAUCGGAAAAUUUGGGUAAGAAAAUAUUUUCUAAUAAAAUACAUUAA